AUGGAGACGCUCAGAGAGUCUUUUCUACACUUGGCCUUUCAGAUGUCCACCUACAAGAGAGCCACGCUGGAUGAGGAGGACCUGACCGACUCGACGGUGGACGAGGUCUACCCCUCGAGCAGCAUGCAGGUGAUAAUGCGCCGCAGCGGUGGCCCCCGGUGCUGGGGCGACAGGACCAUCGCGGAGAGGAGGCUCCUGGGCCUAAUCUGUGUGCUGACACUCGCCCUUUUCGUGUGCAUCAUCACCCUCAGCUUCUACUACCAGAGGGGUCACCCCAAUCUAUGCCUGUCCGAGGCCUGUGUGACUGUGGCCAGCACGGUGCUGGGUGCCCUGGACACCUCGGUGGACCCCUGUCAAGACUUCUACAGCUAUGCCUGUGGGGGAUGGAUGAAGAACAACCCCCUCCCUGAUGGAAAAUCUCGUUGGGGCCCUUUCAGCAGCCUUUGGGAGCGCAACAUGGCCGCCAUGAAGAACCUGCUGGAGAACACCAGCAUGGAAGGGCUCAGCAAAGCAGAACUUAAGGCCCAGAGGUAUUACCAGGCUUGCAUGAGCGAGGCCAAGAUCGAGGCGCUGGGUGCUCAGCCAUUACAGGAUCUCAUAAAUCAGACUGGCGGCUGGGCGUUGACAGGCUCCUGGGAUAAGGACAACUUCCAGGAGGUUUUGCGCACAGUUUCUUCUCGCUACCGCACCUCGCCUUUCUUCACCGUGUUUGUCAGCACCGACUCCAAAAGCUCCAACAGUAACAUCAUCCAGGUUGACCAAUCGGGACUGGGGCUUCCUUCACGGGAUUACUACCUCAACAAGACGGCCAACGAGAAGUAUCUGAAAGCCUACCUGGACUUCUUGGUGGAGCUGGGGAUUUUGCUCGGUGGGUCUGAGGAAACCUCGAGGGCGCUGAUGCAAGAGAUAGUGGACUUCGAGACAACUUUGGCCAACAUCACUGUGCCACAGGAAGAGCGACGUGAUGAGGAGUUAAUCUACCACAAGAUCCGAGCGAAAGAGCUGGCGACGCUGGCCCCCGCGAUUGAAUGGAUGCCUUUUCUCAAAGAAGUAUUUGCGCCAGUGGAGUUAAACGACUCUGAGCCUGUGGUGGUGUAUGCUAAGGAAUACCUGGAGAAAGUCUCCAACCUCAUCAACCACACCAACAAGAGCCUCCUCAACAACUACAUGAUAAUGAAGGUGGUGAGAAAGAUGGUCUCCAUCCUGGACCAGAGGUUCCAAGAUGCUGAGCAGCGUUUCUUUGAAGUUAUGUACGGAACCAAGAAGAGCUGCUCGCCUCGCUGGAAGGUGUGCGUCAGCGACACCGACAGCGCCCUAGGCUUCGCCCUCGGAGCCCUGUUCGUCAAAGCCACCUUUGCCCAUGACAGCAAGGCCAUCGCAGAAAGCAUGGUUUCAGAGAUCAAGCAGGCCUUUGAAGACAGUCUCCAGUAUGUAGGCUGGAUGGAUGCUGAAACCAAGAAGGCAGCAAAGGAAAAGGCAGAUGCUAUUUACAACAUGAUAGGAUAUCCAAAGUUCAUCAUGAAUCCCACUGAGCUUGACAAAGUAUUCAGUGAUUUGGAGGUGGUGCCAGACCUGUACUUCCAGAACGUCAUGCAGUACUACAACUUCUCUGCCAGGGUGACCGCAGACCAGCUGAGGAAGGCGCCCAAUAAGGACCAGUGGAGCAUGACCCCGCCCACAGUAAACGCAUAUUAUAACCCCACCAAGAAUGAGAUGGUCCUUCCGGCUGGGAUACUCCAGGCUCCGUUCUACAACAAGGCCUGGCCCAAGGCUUUGAAUUUCGGUGGGAUUGGCGUCGUCAUGGGCCAUGAGCUGACGCAUGCCUUUGAUGACCAAGGGAGGGAGUAUGACAAAGAUGGUAACCUGCGCUCCUGGUGGAAAAAUUCAUCAGUGGAGGCCUUCAAGAGGCAAACGCAAUGCAUGGUGGAGCAGUACAGCAACUACAGCGUAAACCAGGAGCCCCUGAACGGCCGCCAUACACUGGGAGAGAACAUAGCCGAUAAUGGGGGCCUGAAAGCCGCCUACAAGGCUUAUGAGAAGUGGGUGAAGAAGAAUGGGGAGGAGAAAGGACUUCCUGCCCUGAAGCUUACAAACCGCCAGCUCUUUUUUGUCGGAUUUGCACAGGUGUGGUGUUUAGUACGCACCCCAGAAAGCUCCCAUGAAGGGGUCAUCACCGACCCACACAGCCCAUCCCGCUUCCGUGUCAUCGGCACCGUAUCCAACUCACUCGAGUUCUCCAAGCACUUCGGUUGCCCGGUUGACUCCCCGAUGAACCCCAGGAGCAAGUGCGAGCUGUGGUGA